CGCAUGGGAGAGAAAACAGUCGUGCGGAACAGUUUUCUUAAUGGCUGCUGGGGACCCGAGGAGCGGGACCUGCCCUUUAACCCUUUCCAACCUGGGCAGAACUUUGAGCUGUCAGUCCGUUGCGGCAACCACCGAUUCAAGGUUUAUGUCAAUGGCCAGCCUUCCUUCAACUUCGCCCAUCGUUACCACAAUUUUCAACAGAUCAACACCCUCCAGAUCGAUGGAGACGUGGUCCUUUCCUAUGUCCAAUACUAA